CCCGCCCAAGCCAACCUAACAUUUGAGCUGCAUAAUUCAUUGUGACUGUUAAUGUAAGAGAAGUUUAUAGCAACUUAGUGCAAAUUUGCAGUACAGAACAAUAUAUAAUUUUAUAUGCUCUGUUGUAUUGUAAGCAGAAAAGUUAGUCCUGCUGUUAAAGUUCAUUUGUGUGUAGAGUAACAGCCAGCAGCAUCAGCUAAUAUAGCCAGCUAAGCACAGGUCAUUACAGGGUCAAUCUGAGUACUCUAGUCACCUGACAGUCUAGUCCAAUCAGAACCCAGCCUCACUCUGGGAGCUCUAGAACCUAGCCAGACAGCCAGCAGCCAUCUUAGAGACAGAAUCUUCAGAGAGUAUGUCAGAGUAAAGAAACUGCCCGUAAGAUCCUAUGAGGCGAAAAUAGUUCUACCACUUUCUACCACAUUCUACCGCAUUCUAUGCGCACUUACUGCACGUAUAUCGCAACAAUAUUAAUAAAACUGAUCAUCUUUGUUCCUGAUUCCCUAUCCUGAUGAUGUUACCAAUAAAGAAAGUUAUUUUUGUACCAGUGGUAUGUUCUUAAAGUCUUUCAAGGAUCCGAGGACAGUUACAGUAGAACUAUUCCCCUCUGAGGAGGCGAGAAGACGCACCUCAUCAGAGCUACAGCAGAAGUCAUAUCAAGUGUGCCUCAGAGUGUAAUUUCAAGCCCUUAAAGAGACAGUGCACUAAAAAGUUAAACAGCACUGUAAAGCUAACCUGCCCUUUCUGUGGCCAAAGAGUUGACAAAAUACCACAGAAGAAGUACAAAUAGAGCCCAGUAUUGCACCCAAGUAGAUGUAUGCCUUUCCUGCGGCCUUCAGAGUCAGAGCAUUGCCACAGCGAGAGCGCACAUAUCGACAAGUGUGUUACCGACCAGAGUGAAACAACCACAUGCUGCAAUUCACCUAGAGACAUCGCACACAAGCAGAGCAACAAUCCUGAAUGCUGCAUCUCGGCUAGUAAAGUCACAGACAGCAUUCGGAAAGUAACUCAAGCAAGCCACAGACAUUCACAGCUGCAUCUCUGCAAGUAAACACACAGACCGUCAGCAUCCUGUAAGCAACUGCAAGCAAGCCAAAGUCCCUUACCUUGCAUCUACUUCUGCAAAGACUGAUCCUGAGUGAUUCCUAAAUUCUAUAGAGAGACGCUUAAUUUGAAUCAGCAAGCCAAGUCACUGUAUCCUGCUCUUCACAUUAAGGUCAAGGUAUCCUGUUUAUUCCUUAUUGAUGGUCAUGUGCUGACUUUGACACAUUAAGAGGUAUUGACUAAAAGGUAAUAAGAACUUUGAAAGAAUCCAGAGAUAUUUGCAAUAUAGGGACUUUAUGUGAAUUUGAAUAAAGUUAUUUAUUCCUUUGUGUUUAACCUUAACUCUUUCAGGUCAAAAUGUCUGUUUAUAGUGAUUCAAUGCCAUUGAUAGAGGGGGAAGUGUUAAAUAGUGAGAGAUAUUCCCUACAGCAGAAAGUAUUAGAGUUGAGGGAAACCUUAAAGUCAGAGAUAAAUCCUGAAGAGAUAGAAAGGAUAAAUUGUGACAUAAAGGAGUACCUGUCUAAGAUAGAGAAAUUAGAAGCUGAGCUUAGGGAGUCUCAAGCAGUCUCAGAGCAGAUAAGCCAGUUGAGACAGUCAUCUCGUGAGAGAAGACCUACCCCAAAAAUGCUAGAAUAUAUGCAACAAGAGGCUGCACACAGAGAAAGGAAAUUCAACCAAAUGUACAUAAAAUGGAAAACGCACACUAAUGAGGUUCGCAUGAAGCUAAAACAAGAGUGUACAGAGGAUGAAUUAUCCAACAUGAUGGAUGCUGUAGAGAAACACGAGUUAGAUAUGAAGACAACAUAUGAGGAGCUAAGGUCUCACACAGUACCCUCCCAGGACAUUAAAAGGAAGAUCGAUACAUGCACUGCAAUAACAGCAGAUUUAUUAGGGCUUAUGAGAAUACGAUCAAUUGAAAACGACUUUGACGCAGAGACAGAGAGAACAAGGCUACUAGAACUUUAUAAAAGGGAUUAUGCAAAGUCCGUAUAUGGGUCCACAGUUUCAAGAGUAGCAUCUUCUAGCAAACAUUCUAGCCACUUAUCUAAGUGCACCAGUACCUCAGCCAAAAGAGUAGAAGCAUCUGCACAACUUGCCGCUAAAAGAGCUGAGAUUGAGAUGGAAGCUGUUAUCGAAGCACAACGUCAACAAUUAAAAAAGUUGAAAAACCAAAGAGACAUCGAGGUCAUAGAAGCUAAACUUAAAGUAUAUGCUGAAGAGGAAAUAAAAGAAAAUGGUGAUAGAUCCAGAGCAGUACUUCCCGAGGGAACAGAUCCCUGUCCCUCUAUCCUCACUGAGGAAGACAGAAAGAAAUCUAAGGCAGUGUGUAGUGAGAGAACAGAUCCCUGUCCUUCUAUCCUCACUGAAGAAAACAGAAAGAAAUCUAAGUCAGUGUAUAGUGAGAGAACAGAUCCCUGUCCUUCUAUCCCCACUAGUCAUCAUAGUGACCAAGGAAAUGUUGCAGCUAUUGCUCAAGCAAUACAUGAGACAAUGGUUCUUACAAGACUUCCAACUCCUGAACCAACUGUAUUUUCAGGAGACCCAUUGAAGUUCAUAGAGUGGAGUACAAGCUUUGAAGCACUUAUUGCACGUCGCUGCUCCAAUCCAGCAGACAAGUUGUUCUACCUACAGAAGUAUGUUAGUGGAGAAGCAAAGAGUGCUCUUGAAGGUAGCUUCUACAGGAAGGAUGAAGAAGCCUUUAAACAAGCAUGGGAGAAGCUGAAAACACGGUAUGGUCAUCCCUUUGUAGUACAGCGAGCCUUUAGAGAAAGACUUAACAGUUGGCCAAAGAUAGGCUCUAAAGAGUAUGUUAGGCUUAGAGAGUAUGGUGACUUCCUGCAAGCAUGUAGCAACGCCAUUCCUCACAUAAAGGGUUUGCAAGUACUGAAUGACUGUGAAGAAAAUCAGAAAAUGUUACUUAAGCUGCCUGAUUGGGUGACCUCAAGAUGGAAUCGUCAUGUAACUAAACAGUUAGACCAAGGAAAGGAGUAUCCCAGUUUUGAAGAGUUCUCUUCAUUUGUCAAUUCAGAAGCACGUAUAGCAUGCAAUCCAGUGUCAUCCCUCCACAUUCUGAAACCUUUGGAAGGAAAGCCAACGAGAGAAAUAAAACGUGCAAAGGUCACUUCAUUUGCAGUCGAUACAAUGACUAAAGACCAUGAUACCAAUGAGAGUAAGACUAAGGUCAUUGAUGUACUGAAUAGAGAGAAAGCACGGACAGAGAGUCACACACCUCUUCAAUGCAUGUUCUGUGGAGAGAACCACUCCAUCUACAAAUGUCAACAAAUGAAGGAAAGGCCGGUAGAGGAGAAGAAAAGAUUCAUACUGGAUAACCAACUCUGUUUUGGUUGCCUAAGAAAGGGACACAGUGCCAAGGACUGUAAAAGAAGAGCCACCUGUGGCAUUUGUAAAGGACGUCACCCAACCCCGUUACAUGAGGAUCGCCCAAAAAGGGAUAGAGCUUCAACACACAGUACACUCAUUGAGGGAGAAAUCAUAUCCACACUAUCUUGCUGUAUGGUUAAAAGUGAGAGUAAGAAUACGUCAAUGAUCAUCCCGGUGUGUAUCUCAUCUCCAGGAACAGAAGGCAAGGAGGUACUUGCUUAUGCAUUACUAGACACACAAAGCAGUAACACAUUUAUUGACCAAGAGGUCUGUGAGAAAUUGCAAGUGGCAAUGGAGCCAGUGAAGCUGAAGCUCUCAACGAUUAUGGGAAAAGACUCAUUGGAAGAUAGUCAAAGAGUCACAGGAGUAAAAGUCAAGGGACUUUGCUCAGAUGUCACCAUAGAUCUACCUCCGGUCUAUACAAGAGACUUCAUACCCCUUGAUCGUGAACACAUACCUACCUGUGAAACAGCCAAAAAGUGGAAGCACCUAUCAGUCAUCUCUCAUGAAAUACCCCCUCUGAAGGAGUACCGUGUGGGGCUCCUGAUAGGUUAUGACUGUUCUAAAGCAUUGAUGCCACGACAAAUAAUAACAGGAGGUGAUGAUGAACCAUAUGCCAUCAAAACUGAUUUGGGAUGGAGCAUUAUUGGAGGACCACAACAGGCUGCAAGCUCAAGACAAGUAACUGGGUUAUGUCAUCGCAUAUCUGUCAAGACGUCACUAACCCCAAGUCCUGCUGCAGUGAUCAAGAUUCUUGAGUCCGACUUUGCAGACACCAGCUCAAAGGAAAAGAGUAUAUCUCAAGAAGACAUAACUUUCCUACACAUCUUGGAAGGAGGCAUUCAGCAAAACCAACAAGGCCAUCUAGAGAUGCCCUUACCUUUCAAAAAACGCCCUGACCUUCCAUACAACAGGAAUCUUGCCUUAGUACGACUAAGACGUUUAGAGAGGAAGCUGGGAAGAGAGCCAAAGUUCAAAGGCGACUAUUCCAAGUUUAUGGAAGGCAUCAUACAAGACGGAGAUGCAGAAAGAGCCGACCAUCAACCAGACCCGGGGAAGGUUUGGUACAUUCCACAUCAAGGUGUCUAUCACUUGAAGAAACCAGACAAGAUAAGAGUGGUGUUUGACUGCUCAGCAAGGUAUGAUGGUGUUGCAUUGAACGAUUAUCUGUUAACGGGACCAGACCUCACAAAUAUGCUGUCUGGUGUUCUCAGUAGAUUUCGGAAAUACCCCAUUGCUGUCAUGUGUGACAUUGAAAAGAUGUUCCACAGGUUUCAUGUGAAAGAGGAAGAUAGAGAUUUCCUGAGGUUCCUAUGGUGGGAGAAUGGAAACACUAAUACAGAGCCUGUAGAAUAUCGCAUGAAGGUUCAUCUGUUUGGAGCAGCAUCAUCCCCAGGUUGUGCCAAUUACGGUAUGAAACACCUUGCCAAUCAAAAUGAAGGAAACUAUCCAUCAGCAGCAAACUUCAUUAAGAAAAACUUUUAUGUUGACGAUGGACUUGUAAGCCUGCAAUCAGCUGACUCAGCAAUCAAAUUAGUGAAAGAAACUCAAGAGUUGUGCGCAAAGGGAAAUCUGCGCCUUCACAAGUUCAUCUCAAACAGCAGAGAAGUGUUGGAAUCCAUUUGUGAAUCUGAACGUGCAUCAGCAAUGGAAAACGUAGACCUCAACUACGAUGAUCUUCCAGUCCAGAAUGCACUUGGCCUGAGAUGGGAUGUUGAAAAUGAUGAGUUCUUCUUUAAGGUCUCUAUUGAAGAGAAACCAGCAACAAGACGCAAUAUUCUCUCCACGGUAGCUUCUGUGUAUGAUCCAUUGGGUUUCUUAGCCCCAGUAAUCCUCAGAGGAAAAGGAAUACUCCAAGAGCUGUGCAGACAGAAGCUAGGUUGGGAUGACUCUAUGCCAGAAGAACUGAGGCCAAGGUGGGAGAGUUGGAUCAAGGAUUUACAACAUCUGCACGGAGUCAGAAUACCAAGGUGCUUUGCACCCCACGAUUUUGGAAAGUAUGAGAGAAUUGAACUGCAUCACUUCUCAGAUGCUAGUAGUUACGGUUAUGGCCAAUGUUCCUACAUCAGGGUGAUAAGAGAUGAAAAGGUACAUUGCUCCCUUGUCAUGGCCAAGACCAGAGUUGCACCUACCAAUGUCCUCACAAUACCAAGACUGGAACUAUCAGCUGCCGUAGUUUCUGCUUCAGUGAGCAAGUUCCUGAGAGACGAAUUAGAGUUCAAGGUAGAUGAAGAGUACUUUUGGACAGAUUCACAGGUGGUUCUAGGCUACAUAAAUAAUGAAGCUCGAAGAUUUCAUGUCUUUGUGGCGAACAGAGUUCAAAGAAUUCGAGAAAUUACUGAUCCAGACCAGUGGUACUACAUUGAGUCAGAAAGGAAUCCAGCUGAUCAUGCUUCAAGAGGUCUUAAAGUUUCAGAAAUGAAGGACUCAAAUUGGUUUACAGGCCCAAAGUUCCUAUGGGAAAGGGAAAUAGUACCCAUCAAAAAUUGCCUAGAGCUAUCAAUGUGUGAUCCUGAAGUGAAGGUCAUUCAAGCCUUAAACACAACAACCAAGUGCCAGGACGAUAUGCUCGAAAGACUAUCACGAUUCUCCAAUUGGACUACAGUAGUAAAUGUAGUUGCUCGAAUUCAGCGUCUGGCAAGACGAACUAGGAAGUUUGAACCCUUGAACGUUGAAGAAAGAAUGAGAGCUGAGGAUACAGUUAUAAAACUCAUUCAUCAGAAAUUUUACAAAGAAGAAUUAAAGAUGCUCAGUCAAGAACCUGGAAGGAUCCCCAACAACCACCCUUUGCAUCAACUUAAUCUUAUCCUACAGGAUGGUAUAAUAAGAGUGGGAGGAAGAUUGGAAAAUGCACCUUUAUCUUUCAGAGUGAAGCAUCCAGCGAUUCUUCCCAAGGAUUCUACCCUUACAAGCCUGAUAAUUGAUCAUCAUCACACAAGGUCCUCACAUCAAGGCAGAGGUCUAACCUUGAGCUACUUGAGAGAUGGUGGUUACUGGAUUGUGAAUGGCAGUAAAACUGUAGCUAAACACAUAAAACAGUGUGUACUGUGUCGGAAGACUCGAAGGCCGACAGAAGACCAAAGAAUGGCAAAUUUACCCAUGGAUCGUGUAGAACCAUCGCCUCCCUUCUCUUAUUGUGGCAUGGAUUGUUUUGGUCCAUUCUACACCAAGCAAGAUCGUAAGGAGCACAAAAGAUAUGGUCUACUUUUCACGUGUCUAAGCUCCAGAGCAAUCCACAUAGAGAUGUUGGAGAAUAUGUCAACUGAUGUGUUCAUCAAUGCUCUUCGAUGCUUCAUAGCCAUUAGAGGCACCGUAAGAGAAAUCAGAUCUGACCAAGGUUCUAACUUUGUUGGAGCUAAGAAUGAGUUGAGAAAGGCUUUAGAAGAAGUAGACAAAGAAAGGAUAACCAUGUUUCUGGCAGAGAGACAAUGUGACUUUCACAUGAAUGUUCCAGAUGCAAGCCAUACGGGAGGUGUUUGGGAGCGUCAGAUAAGAACCGCAAGGAAUGUUCUGAGUUCAGUACUAAAGCAGAGUGCUGGAAGAAUAGAUGAUGCUUCUCUGAGGACUGUAUUUUAUGAAGCUAUGUCCAUUGUGAACAGUCGUCCAUUGACAGUUGAUAAUAUCAAUGACCCAACAAGUUUAGAUCCUCUGACUCCAAAUCAUCUGCUUCACCUAAAGUCCACUCCCAUACAGCCACCACCCGGCAAGUUCCUCGAGGAAGAUUUGUAUGCCAGAAAGAGAUGGCGACGUGUGCAAUAUCUGACCGAACAAUUUUGGAACAGAUGGAGGAGGGAGUACCUAGCUAAUCUCACUCUCAGACAAAAAUGGCAUACUCCUAGGAGAAAUGUUCAAAUAAACGACAUAGUGAUCGUUAAAGAAGAGGACAUACCCAGAAAUCGAUGGAGAAUUGCUAAAGUUCUUGAAGUUCAGAAAGACAAUGACGGAUUGGUAAGAAGAGUGAAAUUACAGAUGGGAGAUUCCAAAUUAAGUAAGAGAGGAGAACGUCUCACUACUCCACUCAUCCUAGAACGUCCUAUCCAAAAACUGGUCGUUCUUAUCGAGAAUAAUAAUAAUAAGUAAAAUUCCCUUAAUCUAUGCAAACCAACUCAACAAUGAAUGCAUAAAUUAAAGGUAAUUUGGUGGGAGUGUAGCUGCCCGCCCAAGCCAACCUAACAUUUGAGCUGCAUAAUUCAUUGUGACUGUUAAUGUAAGAGAAGUUUAUAGCAACUUAGUGCAAAUUUGCAGUACAGAACAAUAUAUAAUUUUAUAUGCUCUGUUGUAUUGUAAGCAGAAAAGUUAGUCCUGCUGUUAAAGUUCAUUUGUGUGUAGAGUAACAGCCAGCAGCAUCAGCUAAUAUAGCCAGCUAAGCACAGGUCAUUACAGGGUCAAUCUGAGUACUCUAGUCACCUGACAGUCUAGUCCAAUCAGAACCCAGCCUCACUCUGGGAGCUCUAGAACCUAGCCAGACAGCCAGCAGCCAUCUUAGAGACAGAAUCUUCAGAGAGUAUGUCAGAGUAAAGAAACUGCCCGUAAGAUCCUAUGAGGCGAAAAUAGUUCUACCACUUUCUACCACAUUCUACCGCAUUCUAUGCGCACUUACUGCACGUAUAUCGCAACAAUAUUAAUAAAACUGAUCAUCUUUGUUCCUGAUUCCCUAUCCUGAUGAUGUUACCAAUAAAGAAAGUUAUUUUUGUA